GAAUACCAGUCAGUGAUUUGCUCUAAUAUCUCCCAUAGCUUGCUUUCCUGUACUUGGUCUUGCAAUGUCAAUCAGAUUUGGUGGGUAUCAGAAGCCUUCAAAAUUGUUUGACUUGCCCAGUGAUUAUGUAUCUACCAAUAAUGUUUUGCUGGUAUUCCACCUGCUUCAAUUGCUUUCGCUUUGAUGUAUGAAAUGUCAUGAUCAUUAGUCUAAAAUCUUUAAAUUCAAAUUUGUAAAAUCUUUGCAUCCAUGUUAAUUGUAGUAUUUAAGGGUUGAACAUCCUUGUUAAGGUUAUAAAAUUAGAUCUUAAUAGGCUUCAUUAAGUGGUUUUACAUCUCUGAUCUUGUCCAAAGAUAGUUCUUUUCUUUUCUCCUCAAGUUUAAUUGUCCUGAAUUCAUUCUUUCUUGUGUUUGACCUGUUUGAUUAUGGUGACUAAUGGAGGGUAUAUGACAAAGAAUAGUAUUAAAAAGAAAUAAUAGUGUUGAGAUGGAACUUGAGAAAUGCAAUGUAUACCCUAAAAAAUAAUAUGUAAAUACUUUUAAGAAAUGAAUAAAUAUGACUUUGACCACUUCUGUUUUUUGUUCCCUGACAUAUAAGUGGACUUUAAGAGUUGCAUGACAGUGUUUGGAUCACUCAAAGCAGGAAUUCUUCAGAUCUGUCUCCACACAUUUCUUUCUGACCUUUUCAGACUUCGACUGGUUUGGAUUGGAGAGGUCUAAUUCGUUCCAUGAAUGAAAUCUUGCGGUGUGAACUAACAGCUUGCGGCCACAGCCUCCCUUCAAGACUUCUUACCACUCUUCGUCACCGCUUUGACCUUCACUGCCCGUCCCAGUUCCAGUACGGUUCAGAGUUGACGUCACAAGCAUUUCUCUUUCUAGAUCCAGAGAAAUGGCUCGAGUCCCAUUCUUCUGUUCCCACACCUGUUUGCAAGUAUUUGGUUAACUAGCACAAUGAUCAUGAUUCAGUAGUAUACAUAUAUAUGUAUCUAUAUAUGUAUGUAUACUCUGUCAAAUCCUGCUGCCAUUUCUGAUACGCCAGCCAAGAGGAUCACAUGGACUACGUAGAUCAACGCCUUCAGGUCAAGCAAGCAAAUUCUAAUCAAAUGGAGGUUCCACCUACGACUUCUUCUUCUUCUUCUUCUUCUUCUGAUGUUUACCUUUAUAAGCAUCGAUUUCAGCGUAGCCAUAUCGUUGCUGAAGGGGAAACGAAGUCCAUCGUUGACAUGCAUAUGGUAUAUUCUCGAGAACUGUUCCAUCUUCGGCUGCGAGAUUAGUUGGAGGGAGACGAGAGGAGGAGAUGAGUGGAGUCGUGGAAAGGGCUCUGACGUGCCUUGGGAGGGGAUUCGACGUCGCAUGCGACUUCCGGCCGGAGUACUGCAGGGGGAAGGAGAGGCUGGUGGUGAUAAAUGAGGAUGAGAAGAGGGAGCUCGCUGUGCCUGGGUUUGGCCUGUGUAAGGAUGUCUCUGUUGAUGUGAAGUGCGAUAAGGGGGAUCGGGUCCGGUACCAGUCCGAUGUGCUCGAGUUCAAUCAGGUCAUGUUCAGAGUACAAACUAAAUCAAAUGGCACUUUCUCAAAGACAACUGAAACAACCAUGCAGAUGUCGGAGCUGUUCAACCACAGGAGCUCACUGGCAGGGAAGAUCCCCUCUGGCCUGUUCAACUAUGCGUUCGCCUUCGACGGCAGCACAUGGGCUCAGGAUGCGUCGAACACGAAGUUCCUUGCCAUGGAUGGCUACUUCAUCACUCUCUUUGAGCUGCGAAUCGAGCACCAGCCACUUGCACUUGUUGAUCAUGUUGUCAAAGCUGUUCCUUCAACUUGGGACCCCUGCGCAAUCGCAAGGUUUAUUGAAAACUAUGGCACACAUAUAAUAGUGGGGCUAAGUGUGGGAGGUCAGGAUGUGGUUUAUGUGAAGCAAGACCAGUCCUCCAGCCUCCCCCCAUCUGAACUCAAACAACAGCUUGAUAAGCUUGGGGAUCAGCUGUUCACAGGGACAUGUGCACUUCCUCCUUUCUACUGGAAAUCUAAAGAACAUAAGCUUAAGGUUCCAGAGGCUUUCAAUGUGUUUGACCUACAUAAGAAUGGUGUCAAGGGGGUUGCUCCGGUUGUUUGCAAAGAUGGUGUGACAGUCAUGUGCUGUAAGAGAGGAGGAGAUACUUCAGCAAGCAGCCACGGCGAGUGGCUUCUCACUGUGUCUUCAGUGCCGGACAUUAUCAACUUCACCUUCCUUCCCAUCACCUCACUGCUCAAGGGGGUCCCCGGAUAUGGAUUCCUGUCUCAUGCCAUUAACCUGUACAUUCGAUAUAAACCCCCACUAUCAGACUUGCACUACUUCCUGGACUUCCAAUCUCACAAGUUCUGGGCUCCCAUGCACAACGAUCUACCCCUUGGUCCCAUCUCAAACAGGUCCAUGCCAACACCAGCACUUACUUUUAGCCACAUGAGCCCCAAGCUCUAUGUCAACACUUGUCAGGUCACUGUCGGAAGGCGGCCGGUGACCGGAAUGCGACUGCACCUGGAGGGCAAGAAGAACGACCGGCUAGCAGUUCACCUCGAACACCUGUCACACACGCCUGCAUUCCUCGGAGCACAGCCCGAUCAGGCGCCGCUGUGGCGGGGAACGGACGUGAUCGCCGACGAGCGGUACUACGAGCCGGUCCAGCGGAAGAAGUUCGCGCGGGUGUGCACUGCGCCGGUGAAGUACGACCCCCGGUGGGCGACCGAUGGCCGAGGAGCGACCGCGUUCGUCGUCACCGGAGCUCAGCUUGCCGUGGAGGCCCACGAGUCCACUAGCGUGCUGCACCUCAGGCUGCUGUACUCCGAGGUGCGCGGUUGCGUCGUCGGCCGGUCGCAGUGGCAGCGGGGCCCGUCCUGCCUUUCUCAGAAACUGGGCUUCUUCUCGGCGGUGAGCGGCUCGCUGUCCGGCGGCUUGGACAGGGAAAAGCAGCCUGGCCCGGAAGCCGUGGUGGACUCAGCUGUGUUUCCGUCGGGCCCACCGGUGCCAGUGGGGAAGCAAAAGCUGCUCAGGUUUGUGGACACCUCUCACCUGUGCCAGGGCCCUCAGCACAGCCCUGGCCAUUGGCUGGUGACGGGUGCGAAGCUGGACGUGGCGAAGGGGAAGAUUAGGCUGAAUGUCAAGUUCUCUCUCCUCGCCUCGAUCUCGUAAUGUCUGGGAUUAGCAUAUUUAUGGUUUCUUUUCUCAUUGAACUGUGAAUAUUUGAGAUCAUAAUGUAAUUAAAGAAGCAAUUGUAACAUUGUUUUUACCA